AUGGUCACAUUCUCCUACCCUUAUUCCAUAGGACUUAACUGCUUCUCAGAAGAGCACUAUUCUUGGGGAGAAAUAGAGGAAAGUUAUGGACCUCAUACCAUUGGUGUAAAAGCAGAGCCUGAAUAUGGCAAGCUUCAGUGUUUUGUGGCACAAGUCUCUGUAUUGUGGAACAGCAGCUGGAGCAGUGACUGCCGGAAUCGAGUCCCUCUCCCCGGAGCCCGUUCCCAGUUCACACCCGCGGGGGACAGCAGGAGCUGGCACAAUGGCGCUGCCAGGAAGGGAAACCCCUUUCCCCGGCGCCGCUGGUGCGCGGACAAGGAGGGGAUGGAAGAGCCCGAGCAGCAGCCUCAAGCACCGAAACACUCGCCGGCCGGGCUGGGGCGGCGGGACGGGAACAGGCUCACGGGCCACCGUGGGCAGAGGGCACCCGGCCGCUGCCAGCGGGACUCCCUGAGGAUCGGGGUCCUGGCUGCUUCCCCUGUCCCCGGAGCCCGCUCCGACCCGGCACAGCGCGGGCGGCGAACAAUGCCCGCCCCCGGGCUGCCCCGGCCGGGCUGCUGCGGGCCCGCCCCGCCGCUCGGCGGCCGCCGCUCCCCGCCCCUCCCGCCUCGGCCGCCCGCGUCCCUUGAACUUUCCCCGGGCUCUCGCAACAAGCGGCCCACGCCGGGCUGCCGCGGCCGCCGCUGUUCGCACAACCCCCUGCCCCUUCCGCCAAGUUCUCCUCAAGCACAGCCUGCCCUCGGAGCCUCCAAAAUCCCUGCGAACUGCCCGCCCGGGAUGCCCGGCACGGCGCCUGAGAAAAGCCCGCCGCCGCCCCCGCUCCCCUCCCGUUCACACCUCACACAGCCCCCGCCCUCCCUCGCACGCCCACCCGCGCCCCCCGCCUCCCCACCAGCGUUCCCUCUGCCCACCCCGCCCUGGUCCGCGAACGCCCACCCCCGGCCGCUGCCCCUUCCCCAGAGCCAGACCCGGGCAGAGCUCUCCGCUGCCGCCGGCUCCCCGCGCUGGGGCCGCGCCGAUCUCCCCGCGCUACUUCCCGCCGCCGAAGCGAAGCCCCUCCACAAAGGAGCGAGGCAGCAGGAGGCGGGGGAUACACGCACGCCCGGCCGCUCCGUCCGGAUGCGGUGA